AUGUUUCUCUGUUCGAUAAGCUUGAGAUCCACCGGUCUAUGUGGAUUUCUGAUAUUUUUAUUUCUACUGGAGUUUUCCGCGAAAGGAAACGCCGGAACGGUAAAAUUUACAAACUACCUGCAGUCCCAUGCAGAUCUCAGGAAGUCCUACAUGAACUUCAGUGUAGCACCCUGUGACAACUUCUACGAGUACGCCUGUGGAAACUAUCGAAACGUGAAACAGGACCGAUUCUCCACCAAAGGGAGCGUUUCAACGAAUGACAUUAGCUACACACUAGAUGACAUCACGGAACAACUUUUGGGCAUGUCGGAUCUGGCGGAGUCUCUCAACGUUUCCAGCGAGCUGAGGGUUGCCCAACGAUUCUACAAUGCCUGUCUAGGGGCAGAUCUCUAUCCGUUUCCUGCUGCCGAUCCAAAUUACUUAAAGCUUAUCAGGUCGAUCGGAGGCUUUCCCGCCGUCGAUGGUGCUGCCUGGAAUGCCUCCAACUUUAACUGGUUUAAUAUGAGCGCCCACUUGAUCAAUUACGGGACAUCAGGUUUUAUUCGCGAAAAGCUAGAAGAUUCGCAUCCGUUUUUGCCGCAAUUGCUAAAGCCGUUACUGGGUUUUGACUCCAUCGUUCAAAAGGACAGCAUCGACAGCAACUCUUCCCACGUCUACCGACUUAACGAGAAGCGUAUGCGCGGAUACUUAAGAUCCUUUCAACUGCCGGAGGACAAAAUUGCGGAAGUGAUCGACGGGGUCUUUGCUUUCUGGCGCGAGGCGCUGGUGGCUGCUGAAAUAAACGAUGAUGAUAUUUAUCGGUGCUCAAAGUUCGACUAUACUAACUACUUGGACAUUGUCUGGAACAUUAGUGAACACGAUGAUAUGUGUAAUUCCUACUUAGUGGAGAUCGAAAAGGUGUGUGCCCGCCACCCUGAGGCUGCGGCCAAUUAUAUGGCCAUGAAACUGCUCUACCAAUUCGAUGCCAAGCUAAGUGAAGCCAAGUACCAAAGAGAUUUUUGCAAAAGAACUCUGCGGACUUCCAUGGCUUUCCUCUUCAACAAAAUGUACAUGGCGGAGUACUUCACCGAGAAGGAACGGUUGGAAGUGUCUGAAAUUGUACAGGAACUGCGAAAGGGAUUCCGAAGGUCGCUUGAGGAAGCCGAUUGGUUGGACUCGGAGACUCGAGAAAAGGCACUUCUCAAGGAAUCGAAAAUACAAUCUGUCAUCGGCUCCGGGGAGGACAGCUUGCGUACUGAGCGCCUGAUUCGGGAGAUCAACCGUCUUGAAAUAAUUGACGACAGUUAUGCUGAGACCAAUAUUAACUUGCAUCGCCUCAGUGUCGACAUAAAUCGAUUCAGCAGCCGCCACUAUAAGGAACUGUCUAAAGAGGCCUUGACACAGAUGGUUCUGCUGGCGAUGCAGGUGCAAGCUUUUUAUCACGCCUCGCAUAAUUCUAUUUAUGUAAUGGCUGGCAUUCUACAGUCACCAGUUUACCACCAUUCUUGGCCGCUCUCCCUGAAACUCGGCACCUUGGGUUACGUGAUUGGCCACGAACUCACCCACGCCUUCGACACCAAAGGCUCUCGAUACGAUGCCGAUGGAAAACGUCUGUCUUGGUGGUCGGAGAAAUCGAAACUGGGCUUUGAGAAACGCACUGAGUGCUUUGUAAAAGCUUACAGUAAGUAUCUGAUACCGGAGAUCGAUCGCCAUGUCGAUGGAAAUAAAACGGUGGACGAGAACAUUGCCGACAGUGGCGGAUUGAGGCAGGCUCUGGAGGCCUACCGCAGCCACAUGGAGCAACUGCUGGAGGACCCUAAGCAGGACAGGAUCAACGAGCAGUUGCCAGGUCUUGACCUCUUGCCGGAGCAACUCUUUUUCCUGGGCUUCGCUCAGAUAUUUUGCUCGGAUUACAAGGAGGAGCAUUUAUGGAAUGAGGUGGAUAAUGAAGUAACUCACACUAUCGAGAAGUACCGCGUACUGGGAACCUUAUCCAACAUCGAAGAUUUCUUCCAGGCCUUCAACUGUCCCGUUGGAAGUGGUAUGCGCGUUGCUGCUGAAACUUGUCACAUGUGGUAA